AUGGACGGCUUCGCUUGGUCCUUUACCCCUGUAUCCUGCCCGUUGGUAUUUGUGUCGCAGGGCAACAUUCAGGUGCUGGAAAGGUUAUCGCAAGUAACGGUCGUAGCUUCGGUGGCCUCAAGGGAUACGGAAGAGCGUCGUCAUGUGAGGUGUAUGAAGAACGCUGCCCGCGACAACUCAACAACUGUAACACACCUUUUCGCGGCAAUUCCCGUGUCAUCCGGAGGAGACUAG